UGAACGUUAGUUGUGAUAAUUUUAUAUUUUUGUGAUGUUUAUGUACAUGUUUGCUAGAUUCUAUUUUUAAUAAAUGGUAGAUGAAAUCGAUUUACCCAAUGAUGUGUUGGAAGUGCCAAAAGACGGCGAAUGGAUAAUUUGUGGAGAUUCUGGAGAGGAUAGUAAAUGGUAUACUCAUGAAUCUGGAAAAUGGAUGUAUAAUUCAGAAGAGCAUGUAUACUUCCAUAUAGAAUCGCAAAAAAUAGUGCCUGAUUUAGCAUAUUUCGAGGCGAAAAAUGAGGAAAAUCACCCAGACGAUUAUCAAGACGGUGUCGAUUUACAAUAUCAAGAUGAACUUGGGGAUCCGAAUCAAUCAGAAAUCGAUCUAGAAAAUGAAUCAGAAGAAGAAAUUUCAAUGGAUUUUAACAAAGAUCUGAUAGCGGGAACAGAAUCUCGAAUGGGAAAUCUUGAUUCUAAGAUUGAGAACGAAGAUCGGUUCAUAACGAGAGAAUCCAUGUCAAUUCAAAAGUUAACAAAUUCCGAUGCCUUGUGCUACUUUUCAGGAGUUUUUGACGGUCAUUACGGCCCAAAAUGCGCCGAAUACAUUGUGAGACAUUUAAAGAACAAUGUUUUGACAGUUUUCUUACAAAAUAUAAAGACUUACUCUACUUUGAAGAAGAGAAAGUUAUUUACAAAAGCGAAUUUAAGUUGUUCAAUAAAUGAAUUCCCAGUACAAACAGACAACCGAUCUCGGGUGGUGGACAACCGAGACCACAAAGAUGGUACACAGAAAGAUUAUAGUACAAUUAAGAGGUUAAAUGAGUUAAGUGAUGAGGUCUUUGUGUUUAUACACUCAAUAUCGAAGGCUAUAGAAAUUAUAGAUAAUAAUUUUUGCUCAUACGCCCAAAAAAAAUCCAUUUUUGAUGGUAGCACCUUGAAUGUGGCGUUCUUCUUCGGACCAGAUUCAUUCGGUUCUUUGAAGUUGAUUUUAGCUAAUUUGGGAGAUUCGAGGUCCAUUUUAUGUGUAAGAGAGGGUAACAAGUAUGUGGCCAAGGAUUUAACAAAGGAGCACAAACCAAAUGAUAAAUUAGAAAGGGAGCGAAUUUUGAAGAAUAAUGGACUUGUAGAGUAUUUGCAAGGCUGUUGGAGAGCUAUUUUGCGUAAACCAGACGGGAAUGUUUGCGCAAUUUCUACCUCCAGAACUGUUGGAGACUACAUUUUUAAAACGCCAGACAGUAUCGUUGGUUCACAACCGGACCUCUACGUCCACGACGUUGAUUUCGAUGACCACAUCUUCCUAGUACAGUGCACUGACGGAGUAACAGAUGCUCUUUCUUCACAGGAAAUUGUUGAUACGGUUGUUGACUGUAUAAAAUUGGGUUAUGAUCCCAAGACGGCUGCUAAGAAGGUGGUUAAUAAAGCGGAGGAUAGAGGGUCAUCGGACGAUAAAACCUGUAAUAUUAUCUAUUUCGGAUGGCAUAAGAAUCUGUUUUCAAAGUUAAGCCCUGAAACCGGUGAGGGAGAAAAGGAAGUAGAAUCAGAAGAAUUGAAACAAGAAGAAGAGGAUAUAUUUUAAUGUGUAAUAAUUUUAUUAAACACUGCC